AUGGUUGAAUGUUUUAACAAUGGGUUCGAGAUGUUCCGAGAUUAUGCUUCGGUCGUCUCACCAGACUACAAUUGGAGCGAAAUAGAUGUUACUGGUGUGUGGGAGGUUCUGAAUAUGUGUGGACAGGGAAUGGUUGAUCAUAGCCUUGUGCAUGCAGUGAGGAAGAAGAGCAAGGACAUGGAUCUAUUGAUGGACCUGUAA